UCUGUGUUUACGGAAGAAUAAUAUUACAUUUUGUUCUUAUAUAUGCUUAUUGAGAAUAGUGCGUACUUCCGGUUCGUGCUGACAGCUUCCGGUAGUUCCCACGCCACACCAAUUAUUGUUGUCUAAAAACUUCGACCUUCGUCUUUCAAAAAUGCAAAUGGUUGCCGGCGAUACAACAUCAACAAUUGACCUCAAAGAAGCACCUUUUCCUCUCCUUUGAACGACUCUAUCAUGGUAUAAAAACCACUCUCGCCUGAAAAAAGAACACUAUGACCACCUGGUAUACCUCGGAAGCCUUUACUGCAGGGACCAACCUACCAGUGGUUUCGCCUUCAGAAGCCUCGACAAUCCAAAGGGGUAAUAGGAAAUUAAAACGACUGUCAGUAGAUGAAGGUGCAAAGGCAAAUCAACGGCGAAGUAUUAACAUUGACACCAACACCCCACCUAUUAUACAUGGAGACCUGAGUGCAAACUGUGAAAAAAGUGGGACAUUCAUGAGGCUGAGCAGGCUAUACGAUGGGAGGUCUAGGUUCCCUAGAAUCGAGGACAUGCCUCACUUCCACUAUGAUGAGAUUGACUUGGACACACCUAUCCAGGUUUCUUUAUAUCAAAGCACACACGACACCAAGCGAACAUCAGAAGAAGAAUUCACGGUCCGAGUAUCAUGUCGAGGCAAGUCUUGGAGCGUGCGCAGAGCCUUGGAGAAUUUUAUUGGUUUAGACAAACAGAUUCACAGAUGUAUUUUUGACCGUAAGUUCAGCCUGUUACCAUCCCUGGCCGACACAUUAGAUGACUCACGCGGUUCAGCAGACGAUAUGGAUAUAUUACAGUCAUAUCUGACCCGCUUAACAGAAAUCGCUGAUAAUGUGAUGAACUGUGGACCUGUCUUGAAUUGGUUUGAGGUGGAUAAUAAAGGCAAUCAUUUAUUAUUAACGGACGAUUCUGCCAUCAACGUACCUGCUAUUGCUGCUGCUCACGUGAUCAAGCGAUACACGGCACAAGGAGCCGACGAAAUCUCUCUCGACGUUGGUAAUAUCAUAUCUGUCAUAGACAUGCCCCCAGUGGAUGAAAGCAUCUGGUGGAGAGGAAAACGAGGAUACGAGGUCGGGUUCUUCCCCAGUCAGUGUGUUGAGGUUAUCGGCGAUAUGUCAGACAAUCAUCCUAUCCCAGCGACUCCAGGACGAAAUGCUCACAUGAAACCAGUGGCCAAGAAGCGUGGAAAACUGAUCAGCUUUCUUCGUAUAUUCCUGUCAUCAAGGCCUUCAAGAGCUCGGUUGAUGCAAAGUGGAAUCUUAAAGGAGCGAACGUUUGGCUGUGACUUGGGAGAACACCUUGCACAGACUUCACGACAAAUUCCCCUAGUACUAGAGGCGUGCGCAUCUGUGAUCGAAGAACACGGUAUUAUUGAUGGUAUAUACCGUCUCACAGGAUCCUCUUCAACCAUACAAAAGCUAAGGUUAGCUUUCGAUGCUGAUUCUCCACCUGACUUGAGGUCGGAGUUCUAUUUACGUGAUGUUCAUUGCAUUAGUGCGCUUUGCAAGAUGUAUUUCAGAGAAUUGCCGAACCCAUUACUAACCCAUCACCUGUACGACAGAUUCGUGAGUGCAAUUCACAUCACCGACGAAAACCAACGUAAAGUAGCUAUCCAUCACGUGGUACAACAACUACCUCCACCUCACUACCGCACGUUGGAAUUUCUCCUACGUCAUCUAUCGCGUGUUGCUUCGCAAUCGUCCCAGACCGGUAUGCACGCCAAAAACCUGGCCAUCGUGUGGGCACCAAACCUACUGAGCCCACGUAACCCAGACUACGGGAACUCGGCUCUACUGGAGAUUAAUGUACAAGCCAUAUUAGUGGAGUUUCUGAUACGAAACACUGACGAACUGUUCGAUGUGAAUGCUGCUUCUAUUGCUAUUGUGACAAACCCUCAGUACAAUUCAAUGCAGGAGAGAGGUCCUCACCAUGGAAUAAACAGUGACACAGAUACUAUGGUCCCAGGAACCUUAGGUCCUCGUCUAGCAAGCAUCUCCGUGUCCCCAGCAACAAAACUCAUCUCAUUGGAGGAAGCCCGGGCACGAGCCACCAGCGUACCCGCCAAACCUGCCCGUCCACCACCUCCAAAGACUCUCAACGUAAAACCACAAACAGAACCAGAUUCCCCACCCCUACCCCCUAGGGAACCAUAUCAGUCACAUCCUCGCCUGGAAAGCGAGAAUUCCGGAUCCGCUAGUGGAAGCUUAAAGAGUAUUAAGAGUAUGUUUGGUCGAAGUAAGAGUUUUAACGCGGCUAUGAUGACAAAGAGCCAAGAGACUGGUACAGGGACAUACUUCUUUGUGAGUCAAGACAGCAUCGAUCGAAAUGGCGAACUAGAUAGCCCCGUGAGCUACUCGGGGGAUAGCAACCAGUUUGAAGAUAAAGAAUCUCUACGACAAGCUUACAGCGCGGAAAAUCUAAACUCGGCACCUCCUAAAUCAGAAAUGGUAGCAGUUCCAAAGCAUCCAGAAAUCUCGCGCAUACGAACCAUCAAACAAGGUGGGGAACCUGUGCGUCCUCCUAGACGAAGCAGCCACGCCGAGGUGGUUAGUAUAACCCAGCGUACGUUACCAAGGGAACAAGAAACAAAGACUGAAGCACCUAGAGCACCCAGAACGAAACCAAACCGACACUCAUUCACUAGCGGUGCUAGUGCACUGUUGAGUUCGUCGCUAAAACGAGGCAGUGCGCCGAUUACGUUUGAUGAAAAAGAAGGCGCACGAGAACGAACGGCAAGUAGCGGUUCACACAUUCGUCGGCGUCCUAUCUUGACGUCAUUCAAGAAGGUUACUUCGGAGACCAGCGUGUUUUAUACCACCAUUGAUAGUAACAGCGAUACAGCAGCUAAGAAUUCGUUACAAAGACGAGCUUCAACUGGCAGUAGUCAUGGUAACAAUGAAUCCCCAAAAAUCCCUGAAAAGCGUCCGCUGUCCGUCUACGAUAAUCGGCCAGCGUCGGUUUAUGACAAUGUCAAUACUCAACGGAACGAUGCACCGCCAAACCGUUACUCGUCGCCCGUGUUUGGGAUCCAAUCGAUUCCUGAGGAGACUAGAUUUUCGAUGCCUGCUAGUGUUAGAACUCCACCACUACCUAGAGCGUAUAAGGGCUCUGGGACUGAGGAUAGAUUAGCCAUUACUGGUGCUCGGCUGGCGCAGAGCUCAGUGCUGUAAUAGAACAUGUUAGACCUUAUAGAAUCAUAUCAUGGAUCAAAGUUGGUCUAUCGGAUCAAUGAGAUCAAGGAUCAUGAUGGAUAAUGGAUCAAUGAUAUUAUGGAUCAUCUUGGAUAUUGGAUCAAUGAGAUCAUGGAUCUUGAUGGGCGUUGGAUCAAUGAGAUCAUGGGUCGUGAUGGAUAUUGGAUCAAUGAGAUCAAGGAUCUUGAUGGAUAAUGGAUCAAUGAGAUCAAGGAUCGUGAUGGAUAUUGGAUCAAUGAAAUCAUGGAUCAUGAUGGAUAUUGGAUCAAUGAAAUCAUGGAUCAUGAUGGAUAUCAGAUCGAAAAUAUUACGUAUCAUUAUAUAUAUAUCGGAUCAAUGGGAUCGUGGAUCACGUUGGAUAUUGRAUCAAUGAGAUCAAUAUGGCUAUAUUGUACAUUUAGAAGCAUCCAAAAAAUAUUUUUAAUGCUGCAGCUUAUUUAGCAAUGAAUUCCAAAUUUUGUCAAUUCAAAAAAGGCUUGCUCUUUAAGUCCAAAACAAGAUCUCUAAAACCUGGAUUAAUGCAACCAAUGUAUUUUUGUCUGAGCGCAAAAUUCCCUGAAGAUUUUUCAUUUGCUUGACUAUUAUUCUGUAUGAUUACCAGAAAUGAUAUAUUUUCUGAAUAUAAUGAUAUUAUUUUAUUAUUAAUUUAUUAGCUAUCCAGAUGAUUAGAAGCGUCAUAGUCCCAUGCAGGAACUGAGCGCAGCAUUAGCACAGCAGUAAUUUCAAGUUACAUUUAAUGAUUUUGUUAUUGACACUCGUGCAGAAAAUAAUGCCGGUUGCACUACUAGUUACAUGCACAAAUUCUGUUGCAACUUGUCUCUUGCAGAAACUUGUAACAAGUUGCAAAACGUAAAGGGUUAUUUCACUUUUUUCUGUUACAAAAACGUAAAAGAUAAAACUAUUUUUAUGAGCAUAUAAUAUACACACACUAUAUAUUUAGUUAGGACAAUCUUGAAGAAAGGUUUUUACAACAAAAGUUGUGGGAGAAAUUGCUGCGUGUAACAGUGUAACAUCAUUAUAGUUUGAAGACAGGAACAUAACUUAUCACUAGUAACUAUGCUCCCUUUCUCCGUACAAAACAACGUGCAUUCUGGUCUAGCUUGGGUACAAAAGCUUACUCUGUCAUAGUCGUAUUCUUUGUAUAGGAAGAUAGAUCAGAAUGCACUGACCAUAUCUUUACCGCUUCAACACCACGGGCUAUGGAAAAACUGUUACUGCUGCGUUCAGUGAAAAAUCACCCUCGUCAAUUCGAAAAAUUUUGUUAUGUUUAGUUCGCGGUGUGAGUAUAUAGUUUUAAUAGUUUGAACGAAAUUCUAAAAGUGUGUGACACAAAAGCAGCUCUAAGCUGAACUGUCUAUAGUUUUAGUUAUUAUGGAGUGGACAAUGAAAGGAUGUAAAUAUUUCUAUAAUUAUUUCAUUCAAUUUUAUUCGCGUUUUGUUCGUCUCGUUAUAGAGAUAUGUAAAUUAAGUCACAUUUAACUCAGAAGUCACGUGACUACAAAGUCACAUGACAAUUCCACUCUUCGAAGUCAUGGCUCUUUAAAAGGUCACAUGACUAUGAUCAAACGUCAUGUGACUCGAAGUCAUGUGACAAAGCAAGUCACGUGACUCAUCACAUGAUUUGAUAUUCCUAAAACAUUGGGAUGUAUAACUUCUAGGCAAAUAUAAUGGUUUACGAAUUCCAGUUUGAUAGGAAAAAUAGAGUAAUCAUAAAUCAGAAUUAUCAGAAUUCAAAGAUUAGUCUAUGGAUUGCUCUUUUUGGAAAAAAAAAAAAGGACUAAAUAAACAUGGCUUGUUUCAAUGGAUAUUUCCCAGCAAAAAUGAUAACAGAUUAGUCGAAAGUCGGAUGUAGCUCGCGUUUCUCGAUGGUCGAAGUCACUUCAUACUGACAAGCAAUGCAAACAUAAUUUUGAGGUAAAGCUUUUGAUCUCGGUUUGGUUACCCUGUGGCAUGCUCGGGAGAACUAGGAACUAAUGUACAGUAUUUAAAAUGCUGAAUCUGUUAAAGAUAUUUAUAAAUAAAAAGAUUUCAAAUGGU